CUGCCUAGCUAGUAAAUAGUCAUUAAUGGGGAUCCUACAGCAUUAGUUUUAUUCCACAAUGUGUUUUGGUUUUUAUACCGUUUUUCUUGCAUGCACGAAUGAGGAACUUACAACUUGGAAGUCACAUAUGAGCUAGCUUUCAACUGCUCUUACAUUGGAAUAACAAUAAAAGCUAACUUAGCUAACUAUGCAGUUGGUCAUGCAAACGCGAGUCAGAUUUUAUUUGGUACUCCUACCGACAUCAUGAGUUCGCGGGUGUGCAAGACUUGUGGGUGCUCGGACAUCGAUGUUGACCAAGCCCGCGGCAGCGCUGUGUGCAUGAGCUGCGGCUCUGUGCUGGAGGACAACAUCAUCGUGUCUGAGGUCCAGUUCGUGGAAAACAGCGGUGGCGGUUCGUCAGCUGUCGGGCAGUUCGUCUCAGCUGAUGGCCCAGCGAAGGCCCCUGUCCUUGGGAGUGGCUUCCAUACCAGUCUGGGAAAGGAGUCCCGCGCUCAGACGCUGCAGAAUGGGAAACGGCAGAUCCACAACCUGGGCAGCCAGCUGCAGCUGAACCAGCACUGCCUGGACACGGCAUUCAACUUCUUCAAGAUGGUGGUCAGCAAGCACUUGACGCGUGGACGCAAAAUGACCCACGUAAUCGCCGCCUGCCUGUACCUGGUGUGCCGCACGGAGGGCACCCCCCACAUGCUCCUGGACCUGAGUGACCUCCUCCAGGUGAAUGUGUAUAUCUUGGGGAAGACCUUCCUGCUGUUGGCAAGAGAGCUGUGCAUCAACGCUCCUGCUGUUGACCCUUGUCUGUAUAUCCCCCGCUUCGCCCACAUGCUGGAGUUCAGAGAGAAGACCCACGAGGUUUCCAUGACGGCGCUGCGGUUACUUCAGAGAAUGAAGCGGGAUUGGAUGCACACAGGACGCAGGCCGUCUGGGUUGUGUGGUGCAGCCCUGCUGGUUGCCGCUCGCAUGCAUGAUUUCCGGCGCACGGUGAAAGAGGUCAUCUCCGUGGUGAAGGUGUGCGAGGCCACGCUGAGGAAGAGACUGACGGAGUUUGAGGACACCCCCACUAGUCAGCUGACCAUCGAUGAGUUCAUGCGGGUGGAUUUGGAGCAAGAGUGUGACCCCCCGUCCUUCACAGCUGGCCAGAGGAAGACCCGACUGCAGCAGCUCGAGCAUGAGCUGGCUCAGAAACUCGACGAAUAUCAAGGGGAGAUCAGCUCGUACCGCGAUGAGAUUGAGACGGAGCUGGAGAACAGCAGGCCCAAGCCUCGAGGGAUUUAUGCCGCAUACGCCAAGCAAGCUACUCCAAGUGCAGAGCCGGAGAGCGACCGUCUCUCUUUAUCCCUAAGCUUGGUGGGAGGCGAGGAGGAGGAGGACGAGGAGCUGGAGGCCGCCGCGGAGCACCUGGGCCAGGAGAUCAUCAGCCAGGUGCUGCCGGAGCUGAAGGGGGGCUCCCGGGGUGCCAGUCCGCAGGGGCAGGAAGAGGACGGGGGCGGUGGGGGUGGAGGAAGCAUGGGAGGAGGUGGUGGAGGUGGAGAAGCCCCCAGGAGGAUAAACCUGCCCCUCAUGUCUUUCCUCGGGCCACUGCCCUCGGCCGCCAGCCUGGGCCUCAAGGACUCCAUCCGGGAGUGCAUCACCAACGCGGAGCAAGAUGAGAAGUCGGAGAGUGGAGAACUUGACCUGGAUGGCAUCGAUGAGGAGGAGAUUGAGAAGUACAUCCUGAGCGAGAAGGAAGUGACGGUGAAAACGGAGCUGUGGAUGAAACAGAACGAGGAAUACCUGCAAGAGCAGAAAGAAAAAGAGGAAAGAAUCGCCAAGGAGAAAGAACUGGGAAUUUAUAAAGAGAAACCCAAGAAAUCGUCCAAGAAACGCGAGCCAAUCCGGGCCAACACGGCCGAGGAGGCCAUCGAGAAGAUGCUGGAGAGGAAGAAGAUCUCCAGCAAGAUCAACUACGACGUCCUGCGCGACCUCAACAGCAAGGGCAGCUGCGGCAGCAGCCCUUCCCACGCUUCCGAGGACGCCGCCUCCACCACCGGCCCCGGGCGCAAGAGGCUGACGCGACGCAAGAAGCAGCCCAGCAAGAGCAACCUCGGCCUGGCCAAACCCGCCAGCCUCAUGGGCAAAAGACUCCGGCCGCUAAUCGCCUCAUCGUCCAAAAAGAAGCGAACUCUUGAGACGGUCACCAGUCCUCUGCCGUCACCACCGGCGGCCACCUUGCAGGAGACGCACAUUCCGACCCUGCCCUCACCCCCGCAGGUCCUGGAGAGCGGACCCGUGGCGCCCGAUGAGCCGGACGAGGAAGAGGAGGAUGAGGAGGAAGCAGAGGAGCCCUGCGUGAGCGCAAUCCAGCUGAUGGGAGGGGGCGAGUAUGGCUGUGAUGCUGAAGAAGAGGAGGUCUUUUAGCCUCUGUUUUCAUAUUAUACUUUAAUGACAAGCUUUUUCUUUAAAAAAAAAAAAAACUGUUGCAGUUGUCCUACUGCUAUUAGUUGAGCCUUGUGCUCCACCUCUCUCACUGUACGGCAAAGACAGGGCAUAUGUCCAGACCACUGUCCAUGCCUUUCUCUUUGAUAGGCUUUGAUGUCCCCAGGCUAGUGGUUUUGGCCUCUCUGUGAUUGCACUGCGACUCCGGGUUGGCCAGAUGAGAUUGGGUACACAUACAAAUUCUCAGCCUCGAAAUGGGUGGACAGAAUUGAGAAACCCCAUCAACAAAAUGGGACCAUUCUUCAGAUGAAGUGAUAACCUUACCACCAGUUUGGAAAUGAAAGAACGAUUUUCAACAAAUUAAAAUGCCUGAAUUAUCUGUGGAGGUAGAUUUUGUAUUGCACAGUUCAAGGAACAAGCAACAGACACACACACACACACACACAUUUAGCUUAGCUUGGCAAAAGCCUCCCAAUGAAAUCUGUUUCCAUAGCGGUAUGGAGAUGGCUCCAUCUACAAAACCUAGUCCACCACAACAGUGAGCAAAAAGCAUGGCCAGCUGUGAAGCUAGAUUAGUGGUUGACCUUUCUAAAAGUUAAAAGGUUAGCAGCUUCAAUCAGAUUUGUCGAGAUGAGGGGAAAAGGGCAGUGAGGUACAUAUAGAGUUGUUGAAUUCAAGGAAACAGUGGAAAGAAUCUCCAAUCAGGUUUAGUCCAAGUGCAGGGUGCAGAUAGGCUAGCAAUGUAUUCACAUUUGUUUGAGUUUGUAUGUGACUGAUUCUAGCUUAGCUUAGCUUAGCAACUACCUCCCAGUGUAGGAGGCUGAGAAGACAGUUGCUGAGAAAGCUUCAUUCAUAAAACCUAGCACACCAUAGCAAAGAUAGCCCUGUCCACAGAACUCCACUGUAGUGCCACCUGACACAUCCUGUUCUCUCACUUAACUUCCCGAUUAUGCCCAGCAGCUACCUUCGCCUAACCAAACACACAAACACAUGAACUCCGUCCAACUGGGUCUGCAGAUGGUGGACCAUCACAGACACGAUCAAUCAAUCUAUGAAGACAGCUGAUCACAGUCACAGUUUCCCACAGUUACAGUCAUCUAAGGGAAACUGGGAGAAGGAUAUGCUGUUUAGUCCCAGUGUAAAACUGAAGAUUGUUAUUACUGUGAAACUAAUGCAAGCAGAAGGCCUUGAUCCCUAUGGAAAAAGUGCAGGCACUUAAGGCUGGCCUGCAUGCAGUGCAUUUCUGUAAUUCUUCACCACAGAUUCAGGAUUGUUGAAACCAUGAGCUGAUUUAUUUUAUCUUUUAUCUCCUUUUUACUUUUUUACCCUGUAAAUAUUUUGUAGACAAUGGCGCUGUACUUAAAACAAAAUAUGAAUGUGUUUACCAGCUGUAAAUAUCACAGAAUGUUAAUGAAGUUGUGUUUAAAACAGCAUAGAUCUUGUAAUAAGGCUAAUCACACUCAUUCCACAAAAAAGAGAAAUAUUUGUACUUUUUAUUUAUGAGUUUGUGUCAUAUUUUAGUAUUAUUGUUUGUAUGUUUUCUACUGAACAAUUUAAUGUUUUGUAGCUAUGUAAUAAAGAAACCAAUGGAUGAAUUGUGUGGUUAGGAGGACCACUGCACUGGUCACCAUCCUGAACACGAGGCAUUCCACACGUGUAAAUAAACGGGCUUUUCUAAA